GCGAUAAAAGAACAAAGUGAAAAGGAGUAGUAACAUCAGAGAAAGUGGACGGAGGUUGGGAGAGUUUUUAACUCUAUAAAAGUAAUUCCAUCAUCAAAAUCAUGUCAGAACCCGAAAAGAAAGAAGUUGAUAAACCAAAGACUGAAAAAGUCAAGAAAGUACUUGCUACUCGGGUUUCUGGAACUGUGAAAUGGUUCAAUGUGAAGAAUGGAUACGGUUUUAUAAACAGGGUGGAUACAAAUGAAGACAUCUUUGUCCACCAGACUGCCAUUGUUAAGAACAACCCAAAAAAAAUCCUACGAAGUGUAGGUGAUGGAGAAACUGUGGAGUUUGAUGUAGUAGAGGGAGAAAAGGGGAAUGAAGCUGCUAAUGUAACUGGACCUGAAGGUGCACCAGUGGAAGGAAGCAAGUAUGCUCCUGAUAGGAGGAGAUGGUUCUAUGGGCGGUUUCUUAGACGACGUGGAUUUGGAAGGAGGCCUCCUAGGAGUCGUUCUACUGAGGAUCAAGAACAGCAAAAUGAAGGUAAAGAAGGCUAUGAACCCCAAUACAGGAGACGAAGGCAGCGUUAUUAUCCACGAUACUUUCGUCGACCUCGUGGACCUCCACAUGGAAACCGACAGGAACAGCUUAAUGAGGAAAAACAACAUCAAACUGAUGAAGAUAGCAGUGGAGGGGGAAGUCCACAGCAUGGACAGGAACAAGGCCAGUACUCAAAAAGGCGUCCUCGUCGCUUUUAUUCGCAAAAUUCUUACAACAGAAGACCUCGACGAGUUCGUAGUGAUACAGAAGGUAGUCAGAGUGGUGGUGAUUUGAAGGAGAAUGAACCAGAAAAAAACAAAACCAACGAAAUAAAGAAGAUCAAAAACCAUCUCGUAGGCCUCGCUUCAGAGGUAGUUCUGGGUUUUCUCGUGGUGGAUCUCGUAGAGGUCCACGACAAUCUAAAAUGGAUCCUGAAAACAGUGCAAACAACACUGCUGGAGGAGAUGAAGUUUCAAACAUUUCAGCUACUACACUAACUACAGAACCUGAUUCCAGUACUAAUGUAGCAGCUGGUGGAGAUGCUGGUCAGUCUUUAGAAAAUUCUGAGCUCAAACUAGCUUCUGAACUGUCAGGUGGGGGAGAAUCCAGUAUUGGAAACUCUACUGCUGCUUCAUCUGACAACAAACCUACUAGUGAGGAGAGUCCAGCUCUCCAGUCAAAUGAUGUAGGUUCUGUACCAGCAGAAGGAACUGUGUCUGCUUAAAUGAAAAUGCAAGACAGCAAAGCCUUACAACUUUUAUUUUAAUCUGAGUAGUUCAGGGUACUUAUUACAUCCAGACAAUAAUUCUUGUGAAAGUUUUUUUUAUUAUUUUUGAGGAACAACAAGCAAGUGCAUGUUAUUAACAACCAAUGGCUAAAAAGAAAUGAAUAUGUUUGCACUUUUUAAAUAUAAAAAUAAAAUUGUAAUAUGAAGAUGUAUGUUUAUAGAAAUGUUGAGGAAACCAGAACUGUUACUAACAUUUUCUUUCCAGUUUUAAUGAAUAACAACGUAUAUUUUUAAGAAUUGUUAGAUGCCAACCUUGAAUUAUUAUUGGUUUUUAACAUGGAAGUAAUAUUGGCAGUCAUAUAUAUAUGUCAGGGUUUUUAGAAUAAACAAAAAAAAGUAACAUUUAAAUUGAAAGAAAACUGCCUUCUGUAAUGCAUGCAGUUUUCAUUGUACAAAUUUAGUGUUUUGGAAGUCCAAAGAAAUAACUUAUUUCUGUAAAUGAACUCUUAACAGUCAAACAUAGCAAUUUUAAGUUUUAUUUUCUAAGGUAAAAAAAAAAAGUAUUUUAGUUGUGGCAUUAAACUUGUACAGAUCAUCAAAAAUUUGUAAAAUGUGCAUUUGCAAUAAAACUUGAUUCUGUUCAUUGA